ACUUUAGAAGCGCAUUUUUUUAUACGGGUUAAUGUGUUUUCAUAGGUUUUCACACGCACCUCUUUACGGGGAUAUGUGUUCGAAUCUGGCAACCGUGUUGCGGGACCGCUGUGGGGAUGAGCAGCGGCUAAUGGCUGACUGGGAGUUCUGAUUAGCUUGCUGCUGUUUGUGAUGUGGGACCUUGUUUUGGUGAACCAUUCCUGAAGGUGCAUUUGGAAGAAAGCCUACGAGUGCCAGGCCGUGUAGGGUUGGCAGCCGCUUUGCAACAUGUCCAAAAGCAAGAGCUCGGAGUCGAUCAAGGUGGUGGUCCGCUGUCGCCCAAUGAAUGAAAAAGAAAAGGCAGCCAAGUUUGAAAGGGUCGUCUCUGUCGACGUGAAACUGGGCCAAAUAAUUGUCAGGAACCCUAGGGAGGCUGCUGCCAAUGAACACCCCAAAGUCUUCACUUAUGAUUCAGUAUACGACUGGAACUCUAAACAAAUAGAUUUGUAUGAUGAAACCUUCAGGCCCCUGGUGGACUCAGUUUUACUUGGGUUCAACGGGACCAUUUUUGCCUAUGGUCAGACGGGUACAGGAAAAACAUACACCAUGGAGGGGGUGAGAAAUGAUCCAGAGAGGAGAGGGGUGAUCCCAAACUCAUUUGAGCAUGUCUUCACUCACAUAUCCCGCUCCCAGAAUCAGCAGUACUUGGUGAGAGCAUCCUAUCUAGAAAUCUACCAGGAGGAGAUCAAAGACCUGCUCUCCAAAGACCAGACCCGCCGCCUCGAGCUCAGAGAGAGGCCUGACACCGGUGUGUAUGUGAAAGACCUUUCCUCAUUUGUCACUAAGAGCGUGCGGGAGAUUGAACAUGUCAUGAACGUGGGCAACCAGAAUCGAUCAGUGGGUGCCACGAACAUGAAUGAACACAGCUCCCGUUCUCAUGCUAUCUUCGUCAUCACCGUGGAGUGCAGUGAGCUGGGUGUGGAUGGGGAGAACCAUAUCAGAGUGGGCAAACUGAACCUGGUAGAUCUAGCAGGAAGUGAAAGGCAGACCAAGACUGGUGCUCAGGGGGAGCGGCUCAAAGAAGCCACGAAGAUCAACCUGUCGCUUUCUGCUCUGGGGAACGUCAUAUCAUCUCUGGUGGACGGCAGGAGCAGCCACAUCCCGUACCGAGACUCCAAACUCACCCGCCUGCUGCAGGACUCUCUGGGAGGAAAUGCCCGCACAGUUAUGGUGGCCAACAUCGGCCCUGCAUCCUACAACCUGGAGGAGACACUGACAACGCUGCGCUACUCCAACAGGGCUAAGAACAUUAAAAAUAAACCACGUAUCAAUGAGGACCCCAAAGAUGCCUUGCUGAGGGAGUUCCAGGAGGAGAUCGCAAGGCUGAAGGAACAGCUGGAGAAGCGCUCCGGAAAGAAGAAAAGGAGGAGGAGGAGGAGGAAGGGUGGGGAAGGGAGCGACGGUGAGGAUCUGGAGGAAGGGGAGACGGAGGAGGAUGAGGAAGAAGGGGAAGAUAAAGGGGAUUACUGGCGGGAGCAGCAGGAGAAGUUGGAGAGCGAGAGAAAAGCCAUCAUGGAGGAUCACAGUCUGGUGGCUGAGGAGAAACUCCGGCUGCUCAAAGAGAAAGAGAAGAAGAUGGAAGACCUGAAGAGGGAGAAGGACGCCGGGGAGAUGCUGUCAGCCAAAGUGAAGGCAAUGGAGAGUAAGCUCCUGGUGGGGGGGAAGAACAUUGUGGAUCACACCAAUGAGCAACAGAAAAUGCUGGAGCUGAAGAGGCAGGAAAUCACGGAGCAGAAACGGCGAGAGCGGGAGAUGCAGCAGCAGAUGGAGAGUCGAGACGAGGAGACUCUGGAGCUGAAGGAGACGUACAGUUCUCUGCAGCAGGAGGUCGACAUCAAAACCAAGAAGCUGAAGAAGCUGUUUGCCAAGCUGCAGGCAGUGAAGGCAGAGAUCCACGACAUCCAGGAGGCGCACAUCAACGAGCGGCAGGAGCUGGAACAGACCCAGAACGAGCUCACCCGAGACCUCAAACUCAAGCAUCUGAUCAUCGAGAACUUCAUUCCCUUAGAGGAAAAGAACAAAAUAGUCCACAGGGCUUACUUUGAUGAAGAGGAUGAAUACUGGAAAACAAAGCCAAUCACACGUCUAGAGGAUGACCAGCAGAUGAUGACCCGGCCUCUGUCUGCAGUGGGCUACAGGAGGCCUCUCAGUCACCACGCUCGCAAGUCCAUGAUGAUGAGGCCGGACAUGAGAUACAAAGCUGAGAACAUCAUGGUGCUGGACAUGGACCUGCCUGCCCGCACCACUAAAGAGUACCAGGAGCCCGUUAUCGCCCCCAAGGUGGCGGCGGCUCUGGAGAGCGCUCUGCGGGACGAGGAUGAGAUCCAGGUGGAUGCCUCGGGCUUCCACAGCAGCUUGGGAUCAACCCCCCCCACCAGCGGCAGCCUCAAGAAGCCAAAGUCUGGUCGACCCAGAUCAGUAAAGAAGUCGAGCACCCCCACAUCUCCGUUCAGCCCCUCCAGUCCAGGAUCCCAGCUUUACCCACAAUCCCGCGGCCUGGUGCCCAAGUGACAUCAUCCACAGCUCAAACCACCAACCUCUCCGGUGCACCUUCCACUUUGGGAGAAAGAAUGAUAAAAUAUGGGAUUCUGCAAAAAACGUUAAAGACUAUUGCUGCUUUGUAAGUUUGAACUGUAACCACACCACUAUGAGCUGCUGCCCACCCCCCUGAGAGGAACAGCAGCAACGCAUGAAGCCUCACAUCACUAACUGCUUUACACCUCUGAAGUCUUAUAUAUCAGUCACAAUGUUCUUAAUGUAGAGACAAAUGGACCUGUGCACUUCUUCUCCCUACCUUCCCAGGUGUGUGCUGGGUGUUGUCGUCCUCUCUUACUGUAUGUGUGAACAUUAGUGCAAAGCAUUGUGGGGUUAACGUACAGACACGUGGGUGUGUGUGUCCACGUAUCUGUGUGUCUUCACUUGGUGUACGUCAAAUUGCGCUGUCUUCUAUUGUCAGAGCUCUGAUAAUGGAACAUUAAGUCUUGUAUGUGUUGUUUUUUGUCUUAAAGGAACACGUCAACAUUUAUGGGGAAAAAGUGUAUUUGCGGAGUUAGACGGGACAAAGAAUAAUUACACCAGAGACAAAAUAUGCCUGUUUGGCAGUCUCGCUCAUGGAGACGGCAAAAGUCAAGAGGCUCACAAAAAGCAGAACAUGUUGUUUUCAAAUAUCUGUUUAUUGGAUGAAACAAUUGAGGUUUUAAUGAUCAAAUAGAAGGUGGGUCGAGCUAAGUGCUAGCCCUUCUUUUCGCUAAUCACAAAUGAAGUUUACCUCAAAUGUUGAGUUGAUUCUUUCACUGUGUGAUUGUAAAUGCACAGGCCAGAGAGUGCAGCACACUGCAGACCUCUGUCACAAGUUGCUGUUAUCAGUAGAUGCUGUUCUUCCCGGGCCACAUGAGAUAGAUGGGGGGACGACGACGACAUCCACACUCCCACUGCGGACACUUUCUGAGAUUCAGGACAUGGGAGCUGGCUGAGCAGAUCAAGGCCUUCCUCUCCUCUCUGGGAGUGUGUCUCAGAUUCAUCAGGGUUCCACGGUGCCUUAAUGUGUCCUUAAUCUCUGCUCUUUUUAUUUCAGGUGUGCACACUUUGUUCAUUCCAGCGUCAGGAGAUUGUUGUUAGCAUAGCAUUGCUGUUAGAAAGGGGUGCACUCAUGACAGCCGUCAGCCUCUCCAUGACUCUGGGAGGGGGCCACACUCCCUCUUAGUUUUUACCUCAUCUAACACUAAAGAUGCUUUUCUCAGUACUGUGGUCGAAACACUAUGGAUGUCUUCAUAAUACACAAAUCAUUCCGUUUGUUUGCCUGCAGGUGGACAAUAUGCAGUUUAACUCUGACUGUGAGGCUGCUGCUGUGCACGGUUCACUUCCCACCUCACAUUUCAACAGGCCUGGAUCAUAUGACAAAGAGACCUUCACAAAUACUUGUUCAGUUGAUAGUGUUUGUUUAAAGAAAUACUUCACCCACAUAAUCAUGAUUACUCACCCUGUUACCUUGGCGAAAAGUGAACUGCCUGAACAUAGAGAAAACAGAAGUCUUGAUGAAUUGAAGUAAAUGGGACCACGUUUAACAUGAGUCCAAUUAUAUGAAAACAGCAGUUUACAGACUCUCACUCAACCAGUGAAGUAUCAUACAAGUCUAAUUUAUCCAGUUGUAUGCUCACUGCUUCACACAUGCAUGCAUUUUCACUAAUACCUUACUUUUUUAUACACUUUGGCAUGCAACGUUUCCAUUAGUUUUGCUGUUAAACUCAGCACCCAUUCACUUCAAUUCUUUAAGACCUUUCUCCAAAAUCAAGUAUUCACCCAAGGUAACGGGGUGAGUAGGCUAACUAUAAAGAUGAGAAUUGUGUGGGUAAAGUAUUUCUUUAAGAGCCAUCCUGGUUAUAAAAAAUAGAAACUUAAACUAAAGAUGAUUUGUUGCUGUUUGACCUUUGACUGCACACCGUAUGUAUUUAGAUAUGUAAUAAUGAGUAUAGACUUGUUGAUAGGCAAUCCUCAGUCACUUUUGCAGAUAUAUAAAAUUAAUUCUAAAAUGGGAUCCCAUAUUGAUAAAAAUCUAACUUAUAAUCUUUCAUUUUUAUAUACAGAUGUAGAUAUAAUUUUCUAUUCAGUUUUCUUCUUCAAUAGAUAUUUGUUUUAUUUUUUGAGCUUUGUAAUUUAAUGUUGAAAUGUCAUUUGUUGUGUCAUACAUGUGUCUUCUUUUGUAUUCAGCCAGGUACGGGCUUUGUUUGUCUGUGUAUACAUGCAUAUGGAAAGUGAAAGUGUGGCUCAUCUGUGAGACACUGAGAACAGAUGGAUGUUCGUCACAGUUCCUUUAUGUUACUGUUCAUUUAACCUCACAAACAUAAUCAUUAGAAUAAGGCUUAACUGUUGUGACUGACAUUGCAAUGAAUGCAGUAUACCUGCCACAUGACUUUAGCAAGCUUGAGUCAACACUUUGGUUGUGGGAUUUUCAUAAUUCAUAUAGGAAUUUGGUAAGCUGAAUGUGAAAUAUAUCCCAUUGCUGCAUCACUGGAUCCAAACUCCAUCAGAAGACUGGUGUUUUGAGAGGACCAUGACGCUCCUCUCUGAGGCUGGCCAUGUCUAUACCUUGUUUAGUUUCUUCUGAUUAUUAAAGACAGUUCAAUCAUA